AUGACGAUGUCAAGAAUUCUUUCAAAAACUGCUGUCCGGGCAGCAUCAACUUCCACCGCGGCCCAGACUACAAAAGCCGCUGGUGACAUCUCGUCGGUCUUCCCCAGUUUGAGACCUGACUAUCAGCCAGAGCCUCUCCCUCCACGUUUUCGUGAUUUGAAAAUGCGACUUUUUGAAAAAAAUGAGAAGGCGUUAAAAGACAGCUGGAAGAGACUGUUGCCCAGCUUAGAAGAAGAAAUCGAGAAGAUCCGGACAAAAGGCAGCGACAUUAUUCCCUCUGUGGACUACUCCGACAUUGUUUCAGGGAGGUUGUCUGAAGCGACUGUUAGAGAGAUUCGCCACCGAGGCACCGUUGUCAUCCGCAAUGUCUUGCCGCGCGACAAGGCCUUGGACUAUAAGCAGCGCAUCAGAGACUAUGUUGCCGCAAAUCAAGAGCGCGUGAAAGCUUUUCCUCCUGACGCCCCCUCUGUUUAUGAACUUUACUGGACUCCAGCGCAGGCUGAAGCCCGCGCUCACCCUAAUAUGCUCGAUACCCAGCGCUUCCUACAGCGCUUAUGGCACUCCUCCGACCCCAACAUAAAAUUAUCGACGUCCAAUCCUCUCACAUAUGGCGAUCGGUUACGUAUCAGAAGCCCCGGAGACGCGAAGUUCACACUUGGCCCGCAUGUCGACGGUGGUUCCCUCGAACGAUGGGAAGAUCCCGAGUACUCAAGCGUGUACGGCAAGAUUCUGGAAGGAAAGUGGGAGCAGUAUGAUGCGUGGGAUGCAAAGCAUCGUUUGACUGCCAAGAUGGACCUUUACAACGGCGCCGGUUCCUGCUCUAUGCUCCGGUUCUUCCAGGGUUGGCUUUCAAUGUCUGACACCGCCCCUGGAGAGGGAUCGCUGCACGUGUGUCCUAUGAUUGUGCACAGUACCGCGUACACCAUCUUGAGGCCAUUCUUUGAUGCCCAGAGUCAUCAACCAAACCUCGACGCGACAUUCCCCGGCUCCGUGCCUGGCGCUUGCCAGGAGUUCAACCCUGUGACCCACCCACAGUUAGAGCUCGAGACUACCAUGGUUUCAGUCCCAAAGGUUGAGCCCGGCGACUUUGUCGCUUGGCAUUGUGACUCGCUGCACUCUGUUGACAAAGAACACCGUGGCACCGGCGACUCAAGUGUGCUCUAUAUCCCUGCUACGCCCCUGUGUGACAUGAAUGCCGAAUACCUCCUGAAGCAGCGUCAGGCUGCGCUCACGCACUCGCCCCCAUGGGACUUCCCGGGUGCAGGAGGUCCCGGAGAAGCGGGCUUCCAAGGCGCGAUGGACUGGUCAUCAUUGAACGAGGAUGGUCAGCGCGCCAUGGGUCUCGGCAAGAAGUCCUGGGAAAUUACUGAUGCCAUGACGGAGGGUGAGAAGGAGGCCGUUCGGUCGGCGAAUAAGAUUUGUUUCGGCGUGUAA